GGCGAAUUGGUUUCAUAUCAAAAAGAUUAAUGGUUUAGAAGAUAUGCAGGUUUCAAGUCGAAGGUGUCCCAACUUUCCUUAUUUGGAAGAUCAGUGGUUUAAUAAGUUGCAAACAAAACAUUAGAGACCAGAAUAUUUAUCUAUGCAAUCAGGAGACACAUAAAAGGGUCCAGAAGAGUCAGGCACUUUCUUAACAUGCACCAGAAAGCACCAGAUUACAUGGAAUCAAAGGAGACAAUACUUGCCAUUUUUGGAUGCUUUCACAUUUGGAGGAAUAAAGCACCAACGACCAACCUAUCAAAGCUACAACGUUUUGGAGAUAUAAUUAACUCAUCAGGAAGCCUACAGAUGCACCAGCACCCACCAGAAUACUCAGAAUCAACCAAGACCAGAAUUGCCAUUUUGGGAGUCAAAAGCCAUCAAUUCCCAACAGCUCUUUUCUCACCACGCUUGGAAUGAUUUCGACCAUUAUUUCAGCAAUCAGAAUAUUCCUAAGAAGCUUUCCUACAGUCUAAAACCGUCCAGAUACAAAGCCAUCAUUCCAGCCCUUGAAUCAAGCCAUUCGAAACCCCAAAAUCCUUAAAAAGCUAGUUUUCUUUAUGUUUGAUUUUCUUUCCAUUUUCCUAGACUUAGAUUAAUGUCUCUGAGCAUAUAUAUAUAAGCUCCCUUAGGUAAUCUUCACUUUUCAAUCAACCAAGUUUAUAAGAAAAUAUUUUUUUUUAUCCAAAGUUUGUCUUUGCAUAAAAUAUAUCUUUAGGAUUCAAAGAGUGAUUCUUUGUAAUUCUACUGAUUUUUAUUUUAUUUGUGUGAUUCAAAUAUACUUAGUACACUGAUUGAGAGAGUCAAUCAAACCCACGGAUUGAGAGAGUCAAUCAUUAUCUAUCCAUAUUCCAUCCAUCACCAUUGGUAAAUUGGUUAUACGAAUAUUUGCUUGUCUUCCAUCAACCAUCCUACCAUGGUCCAUUAUGUGCAUGUAUCACAAGAACACACCACCACAAAAAAAGCUGCUUCUUCAACAAGAAGCCACAAGAGAACAAAUCUCCAACUCGAGCAGCUAUUGAGUGAGAAGAAAACCAACGUGAGUAUCAGAACUCCCGAAAAUAAACAUUGUUCUCUGACGUUAUAAAAAACAUUAGCAAAAAAAAGAAGAAAAAAAAAGUUAUAAAACUAAUGGGCUUUGAUAACUUGUUGGACCUUCAAAUAAAACAACUGGCAAUAACUUUCGUUAUCGAGAGAGAUCCGAGAAACCUCCUAGGCAAGGAAGAUUAUCAUGACGAUGAUAUCGGAUCUCCCCAAGGAUUUGGAAUCGGAGAUACUUUCUAGGGUUCCGGCAAAGUCUCUAUGGGAACUGAAAACGACAUGCAAACGAUGGUACGCUUUGUUCAGGGAUCGAAUCGCCGGCGGAGAUCUCCUCCUCCAAAAUAACAACAACGGAUCUAUCGAGUUGACAGGUAAACUCACAAGUCUAAAGUGUUCAAAAGAUUUGAACAUCUCUGAGAUAUUUCAGUGCGACGGUUUAAUGUUAUGCUCAGUGAAGAGUGAACUUGUGGUUUGGAACCCAUGUACUGGUCAAACUAGGAGCAUCAAACCCAGGACUUGUUACUGUUAUGACGAUGCAUAUGCUUUAGGAUACACCACUUCUUCUAGUGGUGGUCAUCGUAGCUACAGAAUCCUGAGGCGUUAUUAUAGUCAAAACGACAAGAAAGUAGUGUUGGGUGAAAUCUAUGAUCUUAGCUCUGAUUCUUGGAGGGUUCUUGAUGAUUACUUUCCUCCUCUUGGCUACUCCGUGAAUCGCAACGGCGUGUGUUUGAAAGGAGACGCUUACUUUGUUGCUCCUCGAGAUAAAGUAAAUGAUGCUUUCUUGAUCACAAAGUUCGAUUUCACUACCGAGACGCUCGUGCGUCUCCCUCUUCCGUUUAAGAAUCUUCAUCCUUGGGAUAAAGCGUUUCUUUCGGUCGUUAGAGAUGAAAAAAUCGCCUUGUUACACGUUUUUGAAACGGAAGGGUCGAUGAGGAUAUUGGUGACCAAUAAGAUUGACGAUGAUGAAGCCAAAGACCUGUCGUGGAGGAGCGACGUGGCCCUGGGAAUCGAUUGUUAUAAACAUAACUUGUAUUUCGAAAGCUUCUUGUUCGACGAAGAGAAUAAAGUGGCGGUACUGUCUUGUGCAGCACACUUGCGUCGUAAAUUUUUGACCAGAAUCUACGUUGCUGACGAGUAUAUAUAUGUAUAAACAAGUUUAUGAAGCUAAGACAUCUACUUUCGAUUGGCCACGUAUCAUCACUUAUGCUCCGAGUUUGGUUCACAUUCAGAAAAGUACACCUAAGAAGAGGCAAAAGAGACAGAGGUUAGCUAGCCCUUAAAUGAAUUACUCUCUUUCUUUUUGUUUUUUCUUCUCGUCUUGGUGAUGGAUGUUCUUCUGGUUUGUUUCGGUUUAGGCGACGCUUGAUUAUGAUUUUCUUGUUUUGCUUUUGUGUAUUUGGAUCAUGUAUUCAAAUACAAUGUUCAGCUUGUACCCAACCGCUUCAAAUGUUUUAUCUUGGAGAGAAUGUCAUUACUUAAGCAGAAUCUUAUUCAUGGACUGAGAGUGAACAAUCGCAAUACCAAACUAGAUUCUGUUCAGUAACGUAACCUGUCCUAAAGGCGUUUGAUUCGAUUCGAAACCGGGAUGUUACUUUAUUUACCAGUUAUUUAUACUUCCUAGAAUCCAAAAUCCAAAUAAACCGAAAAGAGCCAACGUGUAAACCAAACGUACGGUAUGUGGUGAAUAUUAGUUUUACUUAAACCAAGUAAGCAUUCCAUAAUGGUCGACUGAGAGAACUUAAGUCAAUUACAACCAAAACUUUUCGAACAUAUCGUUCUCUUCACCUUCUCUCUUCUUUUUUUGCUAGAUUAGAACACCCUAGAUAGACAAAUAACGAAUCGACCUAUUGAUUGUCUAAAGUCUAAACUGCCCAGCCCAUAAACUAUAUUAGCCUUGGAGUAUUUAUUUAAAUUUAUUCGGCAGUAGUAUAUCGUGGCCUGUUAAUCUCCACACCUUUCACGUGAGACCCCUCUCUCGAAAUGGAGAAUAGACUAAGCGACGUUGACGUGUUUUAAUCUCCUCUUCUUAAACAAAUAUAUCCCCCCCCCCCAUGCAAACCCUUAAGAUUAAGAGACCCUUAUCACAUUAUUUACCAAUCUACCCCUACGGCCAGCCCUAAUGCUUCCUAAAGAGGAAAGCCCAGAGUGGCAAGUACCGUAAAUAACAUCAAAAACCAGCACCGUCUCUUUACCUUAAAGCAUGAUUAAUGUGGAGUUCUUAGGGUGGGUUCUUAGCGAAAUAUAAGAACUUGUCUCUUAACUUUUAACUAAAAAACUAAGAACCGACUCUUAAAUAAGAUAUUUAAAAGCUGGUUCUUAGUUUUUUUAGUUAAAAGUUAAGAGACGGGUUCUUAUAUUCUGCUAAGAACUCCAUCUUAAGAACUUUUCAUUAAUCAUGCUCUUAUGUCACUAAUCACACGUAAUCCAGUGUGGUAUUAGUCUCUUUAAUCACUUUGUUUAGAGAAGCACGGAGUGAAAUAAUUGGGCAGCCAGACGGAGAAAAAAAUCUUUAUAUUUUCUCUCAUAAAGGGUAUUAUAAAAAAUAAAAUAAAAUAAUGUUAGGAAAAUCCUCCGCUAACAAAAAAGAAAAAACAUCUUAUUAUAUAAAGUUUGGUUCUUCAAAGUUAACCACAUAUCAUACAAACCUCUUCAGCAAUGGAACUUGCCAUUAGCAUAUCUUUUGGGAGCAUAAGAAGAUCGCUAAGCUCAUUUAACAAUACAAAGGCUUCACUUUCCGCAUUUAUCAUCAUCAUCUUUGCUGUUCAUACAUUUCAGUGAGGCAUCUAGACCAAUUACCAAUCUGCAACAUAGAAAUGCUAUUGGAUUAGUCAGCGUAUUUUUUCAACUCUCUAACGGUUAUGACCAAACUGAACCUUUUUUUUUUGCUACCGCGUUUUUAAGUUGUGCUCCUGAUUCAAAGGUUUUGGAGACGACCUUUCUUCUCUGAAUCACCAUUCUCACUUCCAUUUUGAUUCAGAGGUCUCUCUGAUGCGAGACUUACCAAACGCUUGUGAAACAAUCUCCCUUAGAGAUAUGAUGUUUGGUAACCAGAAGGUCAACCUAGCAAGAAAAAAAAGUGUUUAGAAAGAAUCAAGAUCCUGAAAAUGUUCAACUCACAUGUUAAGUUUUAAUAUAAAGCCCAUAGCAAGAGACCCAGUAUUAUAAAUCUAAAUAAAUAAAAUUUGGCCCCAUUUUUAUCUAGAUAUACACAGUAAUUGGUCGGGCCUAUCACAGAUUUUGGUUUAUUUUUAGCGGAUCUCGGCCUCUCAAAACCCUCCAAGGGUUUCUCCAAGGGUUACUCCAAAGGUUUCGCUAGAGGUAACUCGCAAGAUUUCGCCAGAAGAAACUGUGGCGGCUAAGGCUAAACAAAACAGAAAAGCAAAAAAAAAUCAUUUCAGAUAAUUAUUUGAUAUCAAAUAGUAAAACAUUAGGCCAAGGCAAAGAAAACUAAAAUAAGGUAUUUAGUUUUUUUUGCCCAAUUUUUUUACGAUUUGAAAUUCGUCAAAUAAUUAUCUAAAAAGGAUUUUUUUUUUUUUUUGUUUAGCCGCGCUCUCCAACACCGCUCGCUCCAAAGCCAAAACCAAAACCAAAACCACUCAAGGUAUUUGGUUAUCUUUGCCCAAUGUUAUACUGAUUUGAAAUACAUUAUCUGAAAAGUGUUUUGUUUACGGUUCUUCUACAACAACCCAUUGGUGCUCUUUGGCAUUGUUGAUCUUAUGCGAAAGAGAGUAAUGUCUUUGUUUAUUUUGUUUCAAAGACCAAAGCAAAAACCAUUUGAAAUAUAAUUGUAAUCUUAUUUAGUGACCUCUAUCUACCAGCAGCCUCUAAUCACUAACUUCCAACAAAAUCAUUAGUUUAUUUUUGACUUAGAAAGCUACAGGGUUGAUAACCGAGAACCUUAGAAUAUACAGUAAUGUGGUUAUAUUAUCAAUAGUAUCUACUAUUCAUCGUAUACACAUAUU